AUGAAUACAUUGCCUAUUGUCAACUAUGUCAAGUCUGAAUACAUAGAGACAGACACGGGAAACAAAGUCUCAAGACGAGCGACGAUUGCAGGUGCACAAAAUAUCAUUCUCGGUGGAAAGACGAUUAUAUCAAGCUCUGCCAUUAUCAGAGGAGAUUUGAGACGCACUGGACCUGGACAUGCCGUCGUGAUUUCUCUCGGGAGGUAUUGUCUCGUUGGAGAAGGCUGCGUAAUGCGUCCUCCCUAUAAGACGUAUCGUGGCAACUUUAACUACUACCCAAUGAAAAUCGGUGACCACGUUCAUAUUGGAGCUGGAUCCGUCGUGGAAGCGGCCACAAUCGGAAAUCAUGUCGAAAUAGGGAAGAACUGUGUGAUCGGCAAGUUUACUAUUAUCAAAGACUGCGCCAAAAUCGCCGACAAUACGAUCCUACCGCCAAACACCGUAGUUCCUGCUCUCUCUCUCUUUGCGGGUUCCCCAGGCCGCUUUAUCGAGGACCUACCAGAGACGACGCAAGAGCUUGUAGAAGCAUAUACAAAACUCUAUUAUAAUCGUUUUCAACCAGCUGAUUCAUGA